GCAAGCGAGUGUAGUCCUAUACACCAUCGGGCGUGGAUGUGUGUGAAUAAUAAUAGUAUCAAAAUUAUUUUGUUUUUAUUUUGUAAAUAAAUGUAAAUUUUACACAUUCACAAACGUCACUGAAUAUCGUUUUCAAAUAAGUGCUUGUCUUUACCGUGUGGUCUUAACAAUUUAGAAUCCGUAAAUUCUAUGAAAUCAAUCAGCCAUUGAGACAAAAUUUAGACUGGAUAUCGUUAUUUGGACAAUAAUUAUUGUGAUCCGAGUUAAUUCCAGAUUUUUCAUUAGAACGGAAACGGUUUACGUAGACGAGUAGCGGUAAACCGAGUCGCACGCAAGUUCUUGUUUUACAUUGGGUAACCAUCAGGUUUCUAAAAAGUGCUUUCGACGUGUUUCGAACAACUCAAACAACUUGAAUACGUGAAUUUUCGGACAUUAACAACCUGUAGAUGUCGAGUGGGCCCUAUUGUGCGACGGGAUCGUUUUGAUACUUGAGACUACCGUUAGACAAAUUAAUAUGCAAGUGUGAACUUUAGUGUCGCUGAGAGAAAAUUUGAUGAACUGAGACUAAGGUUAUAAGUGGACAGUGUGUUGUUAAGCUGUGGUAACAUUGCAUGGCGCGAUGAUCAGCGGCGGCUGCGUGUGCGCAUUACAUGUGCGUACUGGGGGCCAAGGAGGUGCUAAUCUUGGUGCGGAUGAAGAAGAAAUUGUGUAUCUUGCUUACAUCGUCAUUGAUGUCCAAACGAAUCAGAUAAUAGGCCGAAGAGAGUACGCUGUUAGACCCACACGAAGACCUUCAGAAGAGUUACAAACGGGGCAGCCUCUAGAUAUUAUAGUACAACAGUUCGAUGAAUUUAUUCGCUCUCUGAACGUGGACCCCCACUCCCCCCUCUUCAGGCUCGUGACAGACGGACAGCCUCCUCUCAGACAAUGCUUGCAUCCAGAAGCCAGCAGCAAGGAGAUUGCGCUGCCCACAUACUACAGCAGGUUCCACGACCUCAGGAAGGAGUUCCUGAGGGCCUACACCCUGCGGGCCGUCACCGCAGUCUCCAGCACCGGAGACACAGCAGCCCCCCCGGCUCCAGACCCUCCUAACUCCAUCCAUGACAUGCUCAACUAUUUAGGAAUAGCUCCGUACGCAGGUGAUCACUUCUACGAGGCAGAGGUGAAUGACAUGACAAGUAUCAUACAAAGGAUAAUUACGGAUGGUUUCCGACUAGAGUUACCAGAGACUAUAGACUUGGUGUUAGAAACAGGAAUUUGCUCAAAAGACGAUGAGAUUGACGGCAAUUGCAUAGUUCGAGCACGCGGCUUGCCCUGGCAAUCAUCAGAUCAAGAUAUCGCCAAGUUUUUCCGUGGACUCAAUGUCGCUAAGGGCGGAGUAGCAUUGUGUCUCUCCCCGCAAGGUCGAAGGAACGGUGAAGCUUUGGUUCGGUUCGUAUCCCAGGAGCACAGAGACAUGGCACUCAAGAGACACAAGCACCACAUUGGGCCGCGCUACAUUGAGGUGUACCGAGCAAGCGGCGACGACUUCCUGUCGGUGGCGGGUGGCGCCACCUGUGAAGCCGCGGCGUUUCUGUCGCGCGGUGCGCAGGCCAUUGUACGCAUGCGCGGACUGCCCUACGACGCGACGCCGCAACAAGUGUUGGAGUUCUUCUCCGCGGGUGAUGACCCUGUCCAAGUCCUUGAUGGAGAAGAUGGCGUGUUGUUCGUGAGGAGAGCUGACCGGCGAGCCACUGGGGACGCCUUCGUCCUCUUUGCUAAGGAAGAGGAGGGAAGGAAGGCACUCUCCCGUCACAAGAAGCUAAUCGGCUCCAGAUAUAUUGAGCUGUUUCUUUCUACUACGGCUGAGGUGCAACAGGUUUUAAACCGGUCUUUGGAGACGCGGAACAGCCAAGUCAGUACUCCUUCAACAGCCAACCCUCCAACCGAGGGUAUUCUUCCUGUUUUGCUGCCUCAGCACGUCAUCACCUCAGGUACUGCUAAGGACUGCGUCAGGCUGCGUGGUCUACCAUACGAAGCUCAGGUGGAGCACAUACUGAACUUUCUGGACGAGUUUGCUAAAAACAUUGUAGUACAAGGAGUACAUAUGGUUUACAAUGCUCAGGGUCACCCCAGCGGGGAAGCGUUUAUUCAAAUGGAAAGUGAGGCGAGCGCAAACCUGUGUGCCCAACACAAGCACCAUCGUUACAUGACCUUCGGGAAGAAACAACGGUACAUUGAGGUGUUCCAGUGUUCAGGCGACGACAUGAACCUAGUGCUGACCGGCGGUGUUACUCCGGCCACCUCGCCCAAAGUGCUCUCCCCGGGUACGUUACUCUCUCCCCCGCCGCAGCCUGCGCCCCGUAUCCUCGCGCAACACAUUGCCCACCAGAACCUCCUCGCCAGGCAGCACGAGAACCUCCUCCUGGCCUCGCUCCGACCCUCCAUGGUCCCGCUCCUACCCUACACAGUCCGACAGCCCCAACCUUCUCCGUACCUACCCUAUCUACCCCAACAACUGCCGACUAAAAGAAGUUACGAGCGCGCGUUCACGCCUACAGAAACCGCCUCUGUAAAACGCCAGUAUGUCCCUCAACAGUUAGCGCCAAUGUCUUUGCCAGUACUAUCUUAUGCCACGUCAGCGCCGAUGUUCUCGUAUGCGAACACCACUCCAAUGCUGUCCACAUACAGCGCGUUACCAACUGGUCUACCUACUGGCCUUCCACCAGGCUAUGGUACGGCACUAAGUGCAGCACUGCCGGGAACUAUAAGUUCUCCUUUCCCUGGCUCGCUGUCUAUGUUCCCGACAUAUCCCUACUAUCCCGGCGUUUAAAAUCUUUGAUAACUUCGCGUUGUAGGACCGGUUUAUAUUCAUUCUGUGUGCUUCCAAUUUUAAAUUUGGUAAUUAACUUACAGAUGUAUCUUUAAGCUAGAAAAUGUAAAGCGGACUGCGUUUUAAUAACGAUUACUAAAAUAAUGAUAGGGCUGCAGUGAUUUUAGGUUAAUGAUGGCUUAAACGUCAUUAUUUUGAUUUCUGAAAGCAAACCUACUCAUUUUAUUCUUAUACCAAAUUAAAAUCCUAUUAAAAAUACUUGUUAAACAUGUAUUCAUUUAUUUUGAUGAAAUACAAUAAUUGCAAAUCUAAUUGGCAUGUUACUUCUUCAACAAUUCUUUAUGUUUAGAAUCAUGGUAUAUUUUUGUUCAAUAUCCAAUAUUUAAUUAAUAACUCAAUUUAAAACGCUAUUAUAGGUACUUUACGUACAUUUGUACUCUAUGGUGAGAAAAAGUAUAAUGAUAAACGUCAAUUAUUUAUUGUCAAUUAAAACGUCCUGUCAAACUUUAGCAAUUCAUUUGUUGGUUACAAAAGUGGUCCUACUCGUUUGACGGGACAAAAUAUUAUAUUUUUACCGAUCUUUGCUAACAAAUAUUCUAAGUCGCGAUCCCAAUAAACCUUGUUGCAUCGUAGAUUUAGAAUCAAAACCGAACUCUUAACACUCGUCAGGCAAAAUUUUCUAUAUUAUCUAUUUUUUUAUGAACACACGUUACAACAACAUGUAGCAUGUAGUUACUUUUUGAACAUAGCAUAACAUUACUCUAUUUGAUGUUACUGACAGGGUAAGAAUAUGACAAGCUCAAAUUAUAAAUGAUAUAUCUCUAAGAGUGAAUUUAUUUUUUUUACUUAAUUAAGGUAGUUAUUGCAGCUGUUAGGUUAGUGCAUAUUUUAAAUCAUUUGUUGAAUUUACUGAUUUGAUUGUUAAUGUAUGAUGUAAGUUAAUGUUAAAUCAAUUUUGGUUUUUUGUUUUUUUUUUUUCGCGUAAUCGUUUAGCUUGUGAUUUUUAAAACAUUCCAAUGAAGUGACAUGUUUUUGCCGCUACUAAGGCUGAUAAUAAGUCUGAAUUUAGGUACUUAUUAAAACUUAGUGACUUAUUACACCUAGUUGAUUACAAUGCACUUUUUUUAUUAGUUUACUCUUUUUAUAUUUUUUUUGUGAGCGUUUUUUCUUUAUAGUUGACGCACUCUAGCUUUUAUGAAUCAAGUGUAGCAUCUUUUUGCUGGCAGUUAUUUAUUGUCCUGUCCUAUAAUAUAUACCUCUUUUCCUAGCAACGGAAAUAGUAACCUAUUAAUAUAAGAUCAUGGUUGGAAAUGUUUUUUAUACUAAAUUGGUUCAAUGAUUUGACAGCUGACGUCAUUGUGUAUUGGUGUUACCAUUUAUCAAAAUCACUCAAGGUAUGGUGGGCUUCACAGACGUGGUGUAAUGGCUAAUAUAUUUGUUCUAUCAUCUGUAUAUUGAAUAUUUGUGAAUUCGGUACUAAAUAAUUUCAGAUUUUUCUUUUUAAUGCUUUAUUUCCUUAGAUAAUAUAUGCGUCUAGAUGGAGCCCCUUGCUGCUAGACGACCGAUGAAAACAGGCCAGAUUUAUUAGUUUAGUGUGCGUGGCAAGUGACGUCUUACACUCGUGAUUUGUACUUCACUUUGUGUAAGUGCGUGCAUUGCUCAAAAUAGAGGUUUACUGUCAACCUCAAUUUUUUUCGACGUUUUCACAGCUGUCACGGUCUAUCUAGACAUAUAAAUGAUCUAAGUUUAUUUCUUACUUUAAUAUAUUUUUUCGUCACACUUUAUUUAUUACCGAUUUCGCAAUAAUAUAGAAAUAAAUGCAUUGUUUAAUUUGUUAUAAAACUUGAUAUCUGUCACCGGUCCUGUUGUGUUGUGGAAAAUAAACAUGGGGUUCAUAUGGUAUGGUAAGUUUUUGUUAUUACUUACAUUUAUACUACAGUUGAUAAUAUUUUAACUGCGUACCAUAUUUAUCGUUAUUAUUGUCACUUCUUCUUACAUUUCAUACGCGCCUAUAACAACACAAUUUAAUUGGUAACGUGAAUUUUGUUUCGAUAACUCAAUCAAACAUGCUAAUCACAUCUUUGUCCUUACUUAUCAUGCUUUUCUAAUCAUUCGUAACUUCAUAUUUCUACUAGCGGUUCCCGGAAUUUUUAAAGGAAAUGAAUUAAUGAAGGAUCGUUGGAAUUUGAUAAAUUUCGCAUCGAAUGGUGGUAGUUUCAUGUCGAUACGAUCAGUGGUUUAGGCGUGAAAAAGCUUCAAACAAAGACCAUUUUCACUAUAUAUAUAGAUACCUGUAUCUGGUGUUCAGUUUCAAUAACGUCCAGUAGUUGGCAAAAUAAUAUCCUAACAUCAGCGUUUUGCACAAUGGCUAGAGCAUAUCGCGAAACUCUUCACCUUAUAAAUGUCGCAUUUAUAUUGUCAAAUCCACAAGUAAUAUUACAAUUUCACUAGUGAUAUUAUAAUUAAACGAUAGAUUGUCAAUCGACUUCAUUUCUUACAAUUUUUAUGCCUGUUUUUAGUGACAUUGUAAUGUCACCGGUACCCUAUAGUGAUAUUGUAAGGCAUUAAUAUUUUGACAAUUUUACUGGUCGUUCGUUUAUGAGGCCUUCUCUGAUUGGUCUGUUUCUUGUAUUUAUUAAAUACUCAUAAUUUUUAGUUAGUUAAUUAUAUAAGUGAAUCGACCUUUCUUUACUAGUAGGUCCCAAAAAGAAUUUUAUACUGUUAACCACAAUGCACGAACCGAGCGUAGCGUGCCGCGGCAGUGGAAGGUAAGUGCCAAAACCGAAUCGGUCUAUAUUCACUAGUAGGUCCCAAAAAUUACAAAUUUACACUGUUAAUCGCCAGUGUUAUUUUGAAGAACGAAGUAGCGGUAGAUUCAAUAAGAAAAAUUAUUUUUUGACAUUCAUAAGUGUCAUUUCCGUGACCUACAUGAAUAAGGUGAUUUUGAUUUGAUUUGAACCGAACCGAAUCGAUCCUUUUUAACUUCUAUUUCGUCAAUAAUUUCAGACGGAAACUUGCAUACACGCCACAAUGUUUACUAUUGUUGUUACGAAAUUUGCGUAUAAAAAAAAUUACCAAUCAGAAUGCUCGACGUCUCACACUGCUAACUUCAUUUGUAACACACCUAGAUUUAUUACAAUAUCACUAUAGUAGUGUACCCGUGACAUUGUAAUGUCACGGGUACACUACUAUAGUGAUACUAUUACCAGGCCGUUAAAUUGUAAGAAAUGAAGUCGAUUGACAAUCUAUCGUUUAAUUAAAAUAUCACUAGUGAAAUUGUAAUAUCACAGCGUUGACAGUAUAUCUACGACGUAUAUAGCAUUUAGCUUCUAAUAUCUGCAUCAAUACGUAAGUAUCAAAACCAUUCAUUAUCUUGACAGAUUUUUACAAUUUAGAUUUUACUCUAUAUACUCUAUGUUUUGUGAUAUAAACGUAUAAUAUAAUCAUGACGAAAGUCCUGUUUGCUAUAAACCUAUGAUACAAUUUACACACGGUAUGCCAACUACAUGCUUGAAUAUUCGCAGUUACUAUAUUAUUAAACAAUUCUUGGGGUAGCAUGGUUUAAUGAUGCUCUGCAUGCAUGGCUCUUAAUUACUUUCCAGAGCACAUCGUGGACGGAUGUCAGAUACGUUCCUCUGUUUUAUGUUUAAUAUUAAAUGUACACGGAAACAGCUUUAUUGGUAAUUUGGUUGUUAUUGAGGCAACACCGACUUCCGCCAUUUAUUUACAUUACAUUUAUAAAAGUGAUUUUUUCUUUGUUAAUUAUAUUAAAAAAUAUAUAUAUACUCCGGGAUGAAUGAAAUAGAUGGCGCAAGUAUAUCAAUUUGAUAUAAUAUAAAGCUUUUUGCUUGGUUCUAAAAAAGACUUGAUUUAAAAUUUAGUAAAAUAUUCGGAGAUGUUUAAUUUCUUGAGUUAAAUUGCCAACUUUAUGAAUUAGUGGAAUUUUGGUAAUGGCAACACUUAUAGUGAUGGUGGCUUCAUGUUAUUAAUUGGGGUGAGCCUAUCUUAAAAUUUUAGCCAUCUGUACGUCUAUCACGAUUCACGAGUGCUCUCACAGAUGCGCUAGUGAAAUAUUUAUAUGCAAAUAAUAGUUGCUAUACUCCGCUAGAGGCAUUGCGUUGUACUGGUUUUCAUGCAAAUAUUUGAUAUUAGCUCAAUGACGUACUAUACAACAACUAGACUCACAAUCGCCUAUUAAAAAGGUUGUCAAAAAUGUCCGAGUUACAGACAGAUACAGAAAUAAAACAUUAAAACAUUUUCAAGAGAGACGUUCGUCUCUUUCGCACAUUUCGAACUACAUUCGUCGGCGAUAUAUUUAAAUGUCGGUAAUUAGCAAAAUGAUUAAAAACAUCAAUUUAGUUAAAAACGUAAUUUUGUUAAUUUGCACUUACCUAAAAUACGACACUCCAUCCUUUUUAAGUUUGGAUAUCUUGUUAUUUGGACAACUUAACGCUUUGUCAUUGCGUGGCGUUGUAUUCAAAGCGCGGUCAAAACACAACUGAACGAAAACUCUACCUAAUAGACACGUAGGCAGAGUUUUGCUUCAGAUAAUAUUAGAGCGUGAUUGUGAGUUUAGUUGUUAAUUGUACGUCCAUGUGUUAACAUCCUAAAGAAAUCAAACUUACGAUGGGAGCUCGAACCGCCUCUAUAUAAUUAGAACGUAGAUUGUAUUGGUAAAAGUACUUAAGUACUUUCCAUUUUCCUUUGCUUUUCUUUUCCACUUCUCAUGAACUUUUAAGGCGAUGUAUUCACGUGUUGUGAGUGAAUCUAUUUCACAUUUUUAAUGAGUUUGGUGUAUAUGUACAUAAGUUUCUAACCUAAUGUUUUAAGAGUAAGUAACACAUGAAGUUUUAAGCAUUGUUUACUUGAGUUAAUACUUAGUUAGUUGUAGAUUUUUUUUUAAAUAAAAGAUUCAGAGUUAGAACGUC